AACUUCAAUAUUACUACUGUAAUGAGGAAACCUUGCUGUGAGAAGAAAAAGACGAACAAAGGAGCAUGGUCGAAGCAAGAAGAUGAGAAGCUCACUGAAUUUGUUGAAAAAAAUGGCGAAGGAAGCUGGCGCUCCCUUCCACUUGCUGCAGGCUUGCUCCGUUGUGGAAAGAGCUGUAGAUUAAGAUGGGUAAAUUAUCUAAGGCCAAACUUGAAACGUGGCAACUUUGGUGAAGAUGAAGAGGACCUAAUCAUCAAGCUCCAUGCACUUCUUGGAAACAGGUGGUCGCUAAUUGCUGGAAGAUUGCCGGGACGAACUGACAAUGAAGUGAAGAAUUACUGGAACACUCAUCUAAGGAGAAAACUAAUACAAAUGGGAGUUGACCCCAAUAACCAUCGCAUAGGACACACACAGAAUAUUGGCCUUUCAAAAUCAUCAUUUGGCUCCAGAAAAGCAAAUCAUCCAUGCAAAGCCGCGAAUUCUCAAGGGGAUAACGACUCUGAUGAUCAUCAGAAACCAUUUACAGAUUCUGCAAGCGGCCCGGAAAGCAACACAAGCUGCAGUGGUUUGCCUGACCUUAAUCUUGAUCUCACAAUAGGCCUUCCAAGUUAAUUUCGAUACUGAACAAGUAGUUUUCAUUAGUUGAGUUUCUGUUAUUGUCAUUGUCAGCUAGUUAAGGUGAAAUUAAAACUUCAAAUUUGAAUAGGUAGAGAUAGCUUUUUCAUGCUAAAUAGGAGUAGCAAAAAGUAGAAUUAAUUAGUUCUAUAGUUAUGUAAAUGGAGACUUGAGAGAUAUAUUAAGAAUGUGAUUAGCUGGACGCAUUUCUUGCUUUGCCGGCUCAAA